UUUCCCACCGAGGCUUUCGGGAGGCCCUUUAAAACUGGCGCGUGCGCCGGGCUGGGCACGGUCAGUUCUCGCCGGAUUCCAAACUCCGCGCGGUGUCGCGAGAUUCACUAUCCGAAACUUCCGGCUCUGGUCGAGCUCGGGGGUUGCAAUUCAGCUAUGAGGUCUCAGCUUCUUCGGAGUGCUGCUCGGUGUCUGUGGGCUGGCAAGGUUGUCAGCCCGGCCCGCCGGCACCUAAACUGCGGAAGCCUGCCGCUGGAGGAGCUGUUCGCUCGCGGCGGGCCCUUGCGGGCCUUCCUGGAGCGUCAGGCGGGAUCUGAAGCCCAGUUGCAGGUCAGGGGGUCUGAGCUGCUGGCGGCGGCCAAACUGCUGAGCGAAAAGGAGCAGGAGCUGCAGGAGACCGAGCACUUGCUACACGAUGAAAAUGAAGACUUAAGGAAACUUGCAGAGAAUGAAAUAAGCUCAUGUCAAAAGGAAGUAACUCAGUUGAAGCAUCAGAUUAUUUUACUUUUGGUUCCCUCAGAAGAAACAGAUGAAAAUGAUUUGAUCUUGGAGGUAACUGCAGGAGUUGGGGGUCAGGAGGCAAUGUUGUUUACUUCAGAGAUGUUUGAUAUGUAUCAGCAAUAUGCUGCAUUUAAAAGAUGGCAUUUUGAAACCCUGGAAUACUUUCCAAGUGAAAUAGGCGGCCUUAGACAUGCAUCUGCCAGCAUUGGGGGUUUAGAAGCCUAUAAGCACAUGAAAUUUGAAGGAGGUGUGCACAGAGUACAAAGAGUGCCAAAGACAGAGAAGCAAGGCCGCAUCCAUACUAGCACCAUGACUGUAGCAAUAUUACCCCAGCCAACUGAGAUUAAUCUGGUGAUUAACCCGAAAGAUUUGCGAAUUGAUACUAAGCGAGCCAGUGGAGCUGGAGGACAGCAUGUAAAUACCACGGACAGUGCUGUCCGGAUAGUUCAUCUUCCAACAGGUGUUGUUUCUGAAUGCCAACAAGAGAGAUCUCAACUGAAAAACAGAGAGAUGGCUAUGAAGAAGCUGCGUGCGAAACUGUACAGCAUGCAUCUGGAAGAGGAGACAAGUAAAAGAUACAGCGCUAGAAAGAUUCAGGUUGGAACUAAAGGAAGGUCAGAGAAAAUAAGAACAUAUAAUUUUCCACAGAACCGGGUCACAGAUCACAGAAUAAACAAAUCACUUCAUGAUCUUGAAAGUUUUAUGCAAGGGGAGUUUCUGCUGGAUGAACUUGUACAAUCCUUGAAGGAUUAUGCUGAUUAUGAAUCUUUAGUAGAAAUUAUUUCCAAAAAAGCUUAAAUUGAUUUAUUAUUAAAGACUUUUAUAGCUUAUGAAAAUUCACAGCAAAUUAUAUGGUGUGUAAAUACUAGUAUUCUCUUAAAAAAAGUGAGUUAACUCAGCUGGAAGUAAUGUGUGUAUUUUUAAGACAGAUAAUUUAUAUAAAUCUUCUCUUAGGGUAUUAGUAAAAAAAUACACAAUACAAUCAUGACUCUGGUUAUAUAUUUUGGACUCUUCCUAUGAGAAGUACACAAACAAAAACAGUACUUUGUUUUAUGUAAAAUGUUUAAUAACUGAUCACAAAUUUGGUUUAACUAAUGAAAAACCUCAAACAUAAAAUAACAGUAAUAUGAUAAUAAAUACUGUAUUAGUCAAAGUCCAAUUAAGAGACAGAAACCAUACCAUGAAUUUGAACAGGGCUAAUUUUGAUAACAAAGAAUUUUUAACUGAUAAUAGGAUAAGCUAUUAGGGGAUAAGAGUGAACUCAUACACUAAGAUUGAAAAGAGUACCCAAGGGAAGAACACCUUUGGAAGGGGCUUCCCUUCCCCCAAAGGUGGAAUCAAGCCUACUGGAGAGAGCGUGGCUUUGGCCCACUUAACAGAAAGGUUUCCUGGGCUGCCCUGGGCCAGAGCUGGUCUGCAGGUGGUGGUGGAUCAGGUCUUGCAAACAGAAAACCCUCUGGAAUGGUAAGCAAGCAGCCUCCCACCCAGGAUGUCAGCAAAACUUGCUAUUGGGUUAAGCAUCAGUUUGUAUCUGCAUUAGUGAGGAUUCUCCAGAGGAACAGAACCAAUAAGAUGUGUGAGACUUACUAGGAGGAAUUGGCAGGUAUGACGUACGGAGGCUGACAAGUUCAAAAUCUGCAAUGUGAGCGAGCAGGCUGGAGAGAGCCCAGGGAACUGAGGCUGCAGUUCCAGUCCAAAAGCAGUCUGCUUGGAGAAUUCUCUCUUGCUCAGGGGAGGCCGGUCUUUUUUCAGGCCUUCAGCUGUUUGGAUGAAGCCAUCCACAUUACGAAGGGCAUUCUGCUUUACUCAAAGUUCAUUGACCUAAAUGUUAAUUUUAUCCAAAAACCCCUUACAGAAACAUCCAGAGUAAUGUGGACUAAAUAUCUUGGCACCCUGUUAACACGUGGUCCAAGAGCACCCUGGGCAGCUGUGCCCCAGAUCAGAAACAAGAAGAGAAGCCCCUUCCUCCUACAUGUCCUUCCACCACCCCCUACUGACAAAGCAACAUGGUACCAAAGGACACAGGUCCAGCUGGGGUAGCACAAAGUAGGGCAACGAUGGGUAAAUCUGUUGCCAAGAGGCAACAAUUUGGUAACUGGCACAAACACCCAUAUAUGUUACCUAAUUUAAAAAACUGGUAUGUUUUCAUAUUUUCUUGGUGUUAGAAGUUACAAAUAUUAAAUAUUUCCAUUUGCAUUGUUAAAAAUAAGGACAUUCUCCUCCUUAAUCAUUCACUAUCACACAUAACAAAAUUCACAGUAUUUCCCUAAUAUCUUCAAGUACCCAAUUCAGAUGUCUUCAAUUCCCCCCAGCUGCCUUAACUGGCUUCUUCAGACCAGGAUCCAACUAAGGAUCACACAUGGCAUCUGGUGGUUACAUUGUUUAAGUCUAGAACAGCUCUGCCAACUGCUACCCCUUUUUUUCAUGACCUUGCACUGAAUUUUCAUUUCAAAUCAGGCUACUAUGGUGUCAUUUAACUUGUUCCUCAAGUCACAGUAUUUCCUACAAACUGGAAGUUAGAGCUUAAGACUCAGCUAGUUUUGCAUACUCCCUUUCCUCAUUAAAAUAUAUAUAAAGUAAGUCAGGUUUGAAUGCUGAUGUGCUGAGAUGUACUAGGUUCUCUAAAAUACACUGACAGAUGAAAGAAAUGACUUCACCUUUGUGAAAGGAGAAGAAUUAUUGUUUAAAGUGUGCUUAGAGCUGAAUCGGCAUGAUCUUCAGUAUUUUUUCAUCAGAAGAUUUAAAAGAAGUUUAGUGGCUCUUAUUUACCAUGGGAUUCCUGGUUAUGAUUAGCAUUUCUGUGAGAAGACAGACUCCAGAGAAUUAGGGCCUAAAGAGGAAGGAAGCAUGGGAAUGUCUGCUUGAGGCUGCACAGCUGUAAAAGACCUCUUGGUGUUGACAGGAACACUGAGUACUUAAGUACUUACUGUACUUGAUAAACAGGAGACACCCCAUUGUUCUCCCUGGGUGUGUGUGCUUCAUUACAAGGAAGAGUAGUAAAUUCAACUAGUUUAACUAGGGAAGGGAAGGGGGGGGAAGGAAAGGGGAUAGGAAAAGAAGAAAGAAAACUGUAGGAAAAGUCCGUUAUCCCAUAAAGAAGUAAGAAAAGUUGGAAAUGCUGACUCAAGUUUUUGAAAAUAUGAGAUACACGAAGGACUACAAUUAUGAGAUGAGCUCUACCUGGUAGAAAAUGAAUAUAUGUUAAAUUUAUAGUAGUUACAACAAGGUAGGCUUUCCAGAGGAAAAAAAGUGAUUUAAUUAUUAAGGCUAUAUGACUCAAGUGUUAAAGAACUACAAGACAUUUAGUUAACCCCCCAAACUGCAUGCCUUUCUCUAUUUGUUGGAAUCUACAGUAAUAUGAAUCCUUGUUAGCAUAUAUACUACAUAAAUUUAAGACUAUUAUUGUGGGCUAAUGUGUUUCUUUUCAUAAGUCAACCUGUAUAAAUUAGCCAAAUUUCCUUUAGAGCUUUGUGCUAACUUUCAGAGUAAUUUUAUCUUGCUAAUUUAUUCUUAGAAUUUUAAAGCUGGCCAAAGAUUAUCAAAUACGUCAGAAUUUUAAGAAAAAUCCCUCCCUUGUAACACUCUGCUCAUGAAAGGCACUCGACCUUCACCAGAACAUUUGAUGAAAAUGGCUUUCAGUGACCUACACAACUCAAGAAUACAGCAAGACCUGUUCAUUAGACCAUAUUCCGUCCUGCAAAAGGCCCAUGCAAGCCUGCAUCUUCCAGUUUCUUUUGGCUUCCUUUUUGAAUGAAAAGGACGUAUCUACAUGUUACUAAUAUUACCACAUACUAUUACUUAAUUUCUCUUGACCUCCUCUCAUAGGUAAUAAUUAGAAAAGUUGGAUUGAGAUUAUGAAGAGUCUCGAAUGUUGGAUUUCGUUCU